GCGGCGCGGGUCGCUGUGAGCGUGGGCUCCGCGGGAGCCCUUGGUGGCGUUUGGGAGCUGGGGGCUCGGGCCUCUCCCCUCCUACGCCGGCCUUCUCAGCGCCUUCCCCAACCGGACCCCCGGGCCUCGCGGCCGCCUCGGUCGGAAACGCUCCCGGUGCAGCCCCGCGCGGGGCCGGCUGUAACCGCGCCUCGGGCCGGACGAUGCCCAAGAAGCUGCUGCUGCUGCCGCCGCUGUCCGUGUCCUCGGCCUUCCGCGCCCCGCGAGCCCGCCCCGCAGCCCGGCCGGCCAUGAACGCCGCUCGCACCGGCUACCGAGUCUUCUCGGCCAACUCCACGGCCGCCUGCACGGAGCUGGCCAAGCGCAUCACCGAGCGUCUUGGUGCUGAAUUGGGGAAGUCUGUUGUAUACCAAGAGACCAACGGAGAAACAAGAGUUGAAAUAAAAGAAUCUGUUCGUGGCCAAGAUAUUUUCAUUAUACAGACAAUACCCAGAGAUGUGAAUACAGCUGUGAUGGAGCUGUUGAUCAUGGCUUAUGCACUGAAGACCGCCUGUGCCAGGAAUAUUAUUGGAGUCAUCCCUUACUUCCCCUACAGCAAGCAAAGCAAGAUGAGAAAGAGGGGCUCCAUUGUGUGCAAGCUCUUAGCGUCGAUGCUGGCGAAAGCAGGUUUAACUCACAUUAUCACUAUGGAUCUUCAUCAAAAGGAAAUACAAGGCUUUUUCAGCUUUCCAGUGGACAACCUUAGAGCCUCACCUUUCCUGCUUCAGUAUAUCCAGGAAGAAAUUCCAAAUUACAGAAAUGCAGUCAUUGUAGCCAAGUCUCCUGAUGCCGCAAAAAGGGCCCAGUCAUAUGCUGAAAGACUGCGUCUGGGUUUAGCUGUAAUCCACGGAGAAGCUCAGUGUACAGAGCUGGACAUGGACGAUGGUCGUCAUUCUCCCCCCAUGGUCAAAAAUGCUACUGUGCAUCCAGGCCUGGAGUUGCCAUUGAUGAUGGCCAAAGAGAAGCCACCAAUAACCGUGGUUGGAGAUGUUGGAGGACGCAUCGCAAUCAUAGUGGAUGACAUUAUUGAUGAUGUGGAGAGUUUUGUUGCUGCUGCGGAGAUCCUGAAAGAGAGAGGUGCUUACAAGAUCUAUGUCAUGGCCACUCACGGCAUUCUGUCGGCAGAGGCCCCCCGCCUGAUUGAGGAGGCUUCCAUUGAUGAGGUGGUGGUGACGAAUACUGUCCCUCAUGAGGUACAGAAGCUGCAGUGUCCCAAGAUAAAGACUGUGGAUAUCAGUUUGAUUCUUUCUGAAGCAAUUCGGAGAAUCCACAAUGGAGAGUCCAUGGCUUACCUUUUCCGAAACAUCACUGUGGAUGACUAGCUUUCAUGGUUGCUUGAGCCUGGAACUCUUAAGGAAAACAUGUACAGAGCACUGCCGUCAGUUAUGUACACAGUUUUUCCUCUCAAGGGAGGCCUGGAAAUAGCCUGCAAUUAGAUAGUGUCCCUCACCAAGAUUGGUGGGUAGGAGGAUUGAGAUUGUCAAAGAGAAGACAGAGCAAUGGAUGAAUAACAUGGCCUUAAAUGUCUGCUGUCAACAGCCUUGUUCCUUACACAGAAGUUAUAGAUGCUUCCCUGAAAAGAACCUGCAAAUCCCACUGAUACUGAAGAGAAGUGCAAGGCAGAUGAAGUCCUAACCAUAGUGUCCAUUCAGUUGUUUCGACCCCAGGGAGAAGAGUGUGUUAAUGUUGAGCCUGGUCAGGGGAGUGGAGUGCCCUGACACAUUUCUAUUCAGUUGUCACUGCACCCCACACCCCACCCCACUCCUGGCGACUUCCAGUAAGUCUUUUAUAGAGAAUCAUAUUUUUCUUUCAGAAACUGCUGUGCCUGCUGCCAUUCAUUGAACAGUGAAGCAUUCAUGGUGUUACUCUUUCCAGGGGUGUCAGAUUAGAGAAUAGCAUCCCAUCUCUGGGUGUCCGCCUCACUCUGAAGUGGCAAAUAAAAGUAUUUGUUGUCUACUUUUCUCUUUAUUACACUGCAGAACUGUGUGCUCCCCUG